UUACCUGUUUCAUUUUUCAUUAAGUGUGUCUAGGUUACUUCUGUGAAGAAAAAGUGUAUGGGGAUGUGUUAUUAUCCGGUUUUCAUAUUUUUUGAUUUUCAUACUUUUUGAUUGGUAACCAGACGAGACCGAAAUGUAACAAGGGCCUGCAAUUUCAUAUCCUUAGAAGGGGUAGCUAGUUAUUUUAUCUUGUGAGUUCUGAGUCCUUGUUUAAGUGGAGUCUAUCCCACGUGGAAGGGCUUUUCAACACACCUGUGACCACUUUAAAGAAAGACCUUAGUUUUAAUGAUUCUCACGAAAUACCCAUAUUUCCAACUGCACUUAUUUAUUUUCUCCAACUACAAGAUGUGAUGUCCUCCCUAAUACCAAAUUUUAAGCCUUUUUUGUUACAAAAGUAUCUCAGAUACUUUGAUCUAGUUAUAGAAUCUUAUUAUAUGAAAGAGAAAGAAGCAUAGGAAGAGUAAGAACAAGGAGGUUUUUGAGGCCAUGGAUUUUAAACGUCCUAGAAAGUUAAACUUGAAUGCACCACUGUUGUCAACUAGGCGUCUUGGUGCAGUUGUUGCAGAUACUUCUUACUCCUCAAGUUCGUUACCCACAGUUCAAAAUACAAGUGACAGAGUUCCAUUUUCAUGGGAGAAAGCACCAGGCAAGCCAAAGGACAUGGAGAGGAGUGAUAGCAACCAAGAUGGAGGCACGCCUCGGCCGAGACUACCUCCCGGCCAUCAGUUUCCGCCGAAAGAAGCUCCUGAAGAUGAUUUAGACAGUGGUGAUCUUGCAUUUCAUGAGAAAGAUGAUGGUUGUGAUGGUGAUGAUGACGACAACAAGGAUGAUUUUUUCUCAGAUGCUAUUGAUGUGUUAUCUCUGUCAGAGGCUUUAGAUAUUGUGCAAAAGAAAUCAGAGCAUAUUGCUCAAAAUGAGAACCAUAAAGGUUUGAAAUUAAAGCUGGCUGAGUCUAAUGGUUACCAGUCUCCUACUUACAUGAUCAACCGUUUUCUCCCUGAUGCCACUGCUUUGGCCGCUUCAUCUGCUUUACAUUUCACAAGUAAUGUGGAGGAGAAAGAAAGUGACAGAUGUAGUUAUUCUCAGUGUUAUCUCUCAAGUUCAGCUAGGCACAAUUCAAUAAAUUCAUAUGCUUCUUCUCCAAAAGGUUGUGGUCUGGAACUUCUCUUCCCUUGGCGAAUGAAGCAUAAGCUUUGUGCUAUGGAGAGCCCUGUCCUUCCUUGCUCUACGAAUCUGCAGAAACAUCAUCGCAGCACGAAACAGAAGAAACAUCGUUCAUCAGCUUCCAUUCCUUGUACAAAUGUGAAAGAAGAUGUUUGAUGAGAAAUUCUGGUUCUCUAAUUUGUUCAUUUUUCCUUCAUGAAAAUAUGUAUGAGUAUAUAUUGUAUUAUUCUGUUACCUGCUUAAACAAUGUACACUUGUUACAUGGAAAUUCUUAAUCAGUUCCAGACAGUGUGACAAAAAAUUUGA